UGCCUUACGCGGGCCUUUUAGUUCACACGCAAAAGUAAAGCAGACAGCUUCAGUACGAACCUUCGGGGCCCCAGACUCGUUUGCAAGCGUAGCAAGUCACACCGCCGCGAUCACCCAACAGAGGCAGAAUUGAUCCACAAUCCGGGCAAAAACCAGGAGUCGUCGUGAAAGACACGCCGUCGUCAGAAGAGCCCAUCUUUAGCCAACUUUUUUUACGAUUUUGCCUGCACUAGUUUGUUUUCCGAGACUUCUAUAAACAAGUGCGUAAAAACCAUCCGGCGGCCAUGCUCCAGCUCAUUUGACUACGGACUAGCCACUACUUUCACGCAGCAUCGCAGGAAAAAACGCACGUGGUUUAGUUGAACGUCUUGGUGAUUCUUGCCUGGCAGCAGUUCAUAUUUGAUCGUGUUUUGGCAGAGAUUCAGAGUAUUUUCUAAAAUCCCGAAGACAAUACAAUUGCAUCGCCAAAAAUGCGCUUUUACCACAUCUUUGCUGGUAUUACAUAUAUUAUAUUCGGCAGUGCGAUGAUGAAAUCAUCGAAUGGAAGCAAACUCGUGCUCGACUUCACGAAGCUGGACAACCUGAACGGCUGGAUGGAAUCAUCCGACACGGUCCGCAGGGUCGGCAUGUCCAAGGCGACCUUGACCCUGCAGAAGACCCAAGUCUUCCAGCGCGCCGUCUUCUUCACGCUCCUGAAUGCCCAGCCUAACGGCGCAGGUUUCGCGGGUAUGCGGAUCCCGGUAAGCUGGGACCUGCGCGAGUACGACGAGCUGAGGAUCAGGUGUCGGGGCCAGGGCCAGAACUCGCACUACAAGAUCGUGCUGCGACACAAGGGCCAGUCGUCGAGCGACGAGGUCGAGUACGAGCAGUUCUUCGAGGCGCCCCUGUCCAACAGCAGCUUCUCCGAGGUCGUGCUGCCGCUCGGCAACUUCAAGCCCUACUUCCGCGGCCGGGAGGUAAAGGACGCGGAGCCGCUGGAUCGCGCGCGCAUAAGCAUGUUCGGCCUGCAGAUCUACGGGGGCGUUUACCUGCCCAUCAAGCAGUCCGGCGUCUCCGCUCUGGAGAUCGAGACGGUCGAAGUUCGCAGGAACAAUUAGUGUCAACUGCUUAUGAUUUUGUACUCGGUCUUGAUUAUAUACUCGAACGUAUUUUGUAUCGGCAUGAAUAAAUAUGCUCGCUCAAGCUAGUUGGAUCAA